ACUUUUCUUCACCACAAGCUGAAACAUGAGUUCAGUAAAGUCACUCGUGUUACUCCUGCUUGGAGUGGUAGUUCUAACCACUCCAGUUCUUGCUAAUUUCAACUUCAAACCACCCAUUUAUGAGCCUCCCCCAAUUGAGAAACCACCAAUAUAUGAACCUCCACCCACCUAUGAGCCUCCACCAACUGAGAAACCUCCUCCAUUAUAUAAGCCCCCAUUCUACCCUCCACCAGUGUAUCAACCCCCGUUUGAAAAACCACCCCCAGAGUAUCAUCCACCUCAUGAAAAACCACCACCAGAAUACCAGCCACCACAUGAAAAAUCACCACCAGAAUACCAGCCACCUCAUGAGAAGCCACCACCAGAGUACCAGCCUCCUCAUGAGAAGCCUCCACCAGAGUACCAGCCUCCUCAUGAGAAGCCUCCACCAGAAUACCGACCACCACAUGAGAAACCACCUCAUGAGAAGCCACCACCAGAAUACCAACCUCCUCAUGAGAAACCACCACACGAGAAACCACCUCAUGAGAAACCCCCACAUGAAAAACCACCUCAUGAGAAACCACCACCAGAAUACCAACCUCCUCAUGAGAAGCCACCACCAGAAUAUCAACCUCCACAUGAGAAACCACCACCAGAAUAUCAACCUCCACAUGAGAAACCACCACCAGAAUAUCAACCUCCACAUGAGAAACCACCACCAGAAUAUCAACCUCCACAUGAGAAACCACCACCAGAAUAUCAACCUCCACAUGAGAAACCACCACCAGAAUAUCAACCUCCACAUGAGAAACCACCACCAGAAUAUCAACCUCCACAUGAGAAACCACCACCAGAAUAUCAACCUCCACAUGAGAAACCACCACCAGAAUAUCAACCUCCACAUGAGAAACCACCACCAGAAUAUCAACCUCCACAUGAGAAACCACCACCAGAAUAUCAACCUCCACAUGAGAAACCACCACCAGAAUAUCAACCUCCACAUGAGAAACCACCACCAGAAUAUCAACCUCCACAUGAGAAACCACCACCAGAAUAUCAACCUCCACAUGAGAAACCACCACCAGAAUAUCAACCUCCACAUGAGAAACCACCACCAGAAUAUCAACCUCCAUAUGAGAAGCCACCACCUUAUGAGAAACCACCACCAGUGUAUCAACCUCCUUAUGAAAAUCCACCACCAGUGUACCACCCUCCUCAUGAGAAGCCACCCUUUUACAAACCUCCUUUUGAGAAACCUCCGAUUUACGAGCCACCUCCUUUGGUGAAGCCACCAUUUUACAAACCUCCGUUUGAGAAACCUCCGAUUUACGAGCCACCUCCUUUGGUGAAGCCACCAUUUUACAAGCCUCCUUUUGAGAAACCACCAAUUUACGAGCCACCACCAUUGGAGAAGCCACCGGGGUACAAUCCCCCACCGUAUGGUCACUAUCCACCAUCCAAGAAAACCUAAAAGCCAACGGCGAGCUGACAUGCUUUAGUCUACUCAAAGUUAGAGCACUUGUUUGUCAUAUAAAGUUUUUUGUUUGCGUUUAGGAAGCACUUUUAAGAUGUGAAGUACAAUCUGCUACUUCUGCAUGCAGUGUAUAGUUCUUAAAAAUAAAGGCUUUAUGCCUCUGUGUAAUAACUUCUAUUUCCCAGCUUUCAGCAACGGUAUUGUAAUGUCCAUUAUUAGUGGGUUAAUCUAUGGCUACAAUAAGAUUUUCUUUCUGCUUAAA